AGGAGGAGGAGGAGGAGGAGGAGGAGGAGGAAGCUACACAACAUGAGGAAGAAUAUUUCAAUCAGACAAACAGGAGAGAAGAAGCUGACCGGAACAGAUCUCUAAGAGAGGAAAUUGUUUUUGCACAUCUAAGUACAGGAGAAAACAAGGCGGCACAAAGAGCGAGGUACUAACAGUAGACCUAUGGGGAAAAACGAUGAAGCUGUUUCACAGAAAGACAUAAAGAAGUCCAGAAGCUUCAAGCAAAGAUUACAAUAUCCUACCCUGGAUAUCAGGAAAUUGGAUAAAGACGCCUCAUUCUGUGUGGAAUCGGCCUCUUCUGACGACAACGAUCUCACUGCUGCUGACAAACGACCAAGAGAGAAUGACGACGACGGGAACCUGGAUUAUCACAUCGGUCUAGUGAUGGAAGACAGAUAUGAGAUUGUUUCCACCCUGGGAGAAGGAGCCUUUGGCAGAGUGGUGGAGUGCAUCGAUAGACACAGAGAUCUGUGCGUCGCUGUAAAGAUCGUGAAGAAGUUUGAGAGUUACUGUAAAGUUGCCAGAUCGGAGAUUGCCGUUCUUGAAGAGAUCAACAGCCUGGAUGAUGACAACAGAUUCGCCUGUGUGAGGAUGCUGGGCUGGUUCAGGCACAGAGCCCACACCUGCAUCGUGUUGGAGCUUCUUGGUAGCAGCACCUUCGAGUUCCUGCGACAGAACAACUUUGUCCCUUUCAGUGUGGAGCAGAUCCGACACAUCGCCUUCCAGAUCUUUAAAGCUGUCAGCUUCCUACACCGUAACAAGCUGACCCACACAGACCUAAAGCCUGAGAACAUUCUGUUUGUGAGCGGCGACAGCGAUUCCAACCAACAGAUGCAUAAAGCGCUGAGAUGUUUAGACGUAAAGAUUGUGGAUUUUGGAAACGCCACAUUUGACCACCAACAUCAUGAGACGCUGGUGUCGACGCGGCACUACAGAGCACCAGAGGUGAUACUGGAUCUGGGCUGGAACCAGUCAUGUGAUGUAUGGAGUCUGGGUUGUGUCCUUAUGGAGUAUUACCUUGGACGGACGCUGUUCCCUAGCCAUGACUGUGGAGAACAUCUGGCCAUGAUGCAGAAAGUUUUGGGACCGAUUCCGCCCCAUCUUUUAAAACAGACCGGGAAGAAGCACUUUGUAAAAAACGAACAUCUGAACGUGGAUAAAGCUAAUUCCUCCGAUGAUGCUAUUCAGAAGUUCUGCCAACCUCUCAGGCAGUACAUGAGAACAGACAGUGAUGAGGAGAAGCAGCUGUUCGACCUGCUGGGCUGCAUGCUGGACUACGACGUCAGCAGGAGGAUUACUCUGGAAGAAGCUCUGUGGCAUCCGUUCUUCUGCACGCUUAGAGCGCAGCAGUAACAUUAAGUCCUGAUCUGUUUUAACCUGUCUAUCAACAAAGAAAAGUUUCUGUUUGCUAUUUAUUUUGUUGUGUUUGUGCCAUUUUUCCUCCCCACAUCUUUCCGAUCAGAUUUUGCUUUACAUCCAUAUAUUUAACGGUUUUGUAGGUUUUUAUAAGUUUUUCUCCUUUUUAAUUCUCAUUAAAAAUGUAUUUCUAAAGCAACCCUGGCUGCUUCCUGCUUGCUUUCAGGACCCACUUAAGAACAAAAGAUCAAAGUUUUAUAUUUAAUGUUAAAGAAAAACCAGCCUGGUCAUCUAAUUUCCCAUCCAUCCACUCAGAUUGUGGCAGCAGAGGGAAAUCCCAGACAUUCCUCUCCAACCCUGAGGGAUCCCAACACGUUCUCAGGUCAGAUUGGAUAAGUUGUCCCUCCAGUGAGUUCUAGGUGUUUGCAGCAAUCUCCUCUCUGUUAUAGAUUGGUGGAAAAUCUAA